AUGAUUGUGAUCAGAUUCAUGCAAGGCACAGCUCUAGUAUUCAUCGCUGCAGCCAUUGGCUGUGCGUUGCUAGCUGAGCUCAAUUCAGUCUAUUCGCACCAGAAGAUCCAGCUCUUGGAUAAGAAUGCCACUUCCACAAGCCUGCGGCGGCCAGACUCCGAAACAAGUGAUCCAAGUUCGCCGAAGCUGCCUCGUCAGCGGCUGCCCAUGUGGCUGCCGGAAAAAGAGCUUGGUCCAGGCCUAUUGAAUCUCCCAGAAGUGGAGCAGCUGUCGCAGAAGCGCUGCUUGAAAUUCAUUCACAUCCCGAAGACGGCCGGCUCUUCCAUUGAUCAGCUGGGCUUCAAUUUGAAACUCAACUGGGGGCCUAAUGACCGCUCCUUGCGCUGCAGCAACAUGUCCUUGUGCCGGCAAACCACUCCGCUCCUGAGACCCUGUUGCUGGCCGAAAUCGACCACCGCCUGCAGCCUUUGGCACUAUCCACCCAGCGUGGAUGAACAACUGGCACAAAUCUAUGCCAACUGCUCCACCUUUUGCGUGGUCCGUGAUCCCAUCAUGCGCUUCAUGAGCGAAUACUUCUACAUGUCCAAGCACAAGCAUGUCCAAGGAGACUUGUGCGAUCCAGGCAAAUUCGAGCAAUACGCCAAUGAGACCCUGCAACGUCUCGGGGAAGAUCCGUUUGUCGAUGAUUGCCACCUGGUGCCACAAGCGUACUAUUUGAGCUCAAAGGAUGGCCGCCGCUUGUGUGAUCACAUCAUCCGCUACGAGCACUUGCAGACAGAACUGACCCAACUGUUGAAGUGGUAUCACAACCUGAGCGAGACAGCCAGCCAACUUCGAGUGGUGAACCAAGCCCGACGCUGCGACUCCGUGGCCAUGUCCCCCCAGCUGCGUCGGCGCCUCCAAGAGUUCUUCCGCGUGGACUACGAACUCGGCUUGGGACAAUUGGGACAUUGA